UAGAUGGAGGCCAAUCAGCGGAUGUGAUAAACAUGAGCCCGAGCCGCAGCCUCUCGUCCACAUCGUGACACUUCUCACCGGCUCUCAGUCCACAACAUGGCGUUUUCCCUGAGGAACGACCCCCGCAGGCCGGAAAGCCCGGACCCGGAGUGCCCGGCCCUGUCCACCUGCAGCAACGCAGACAUCUUCCGCCGGAUGAACACCAUGCUGGGCAACGCUCUGGAUUUCACCGGUGUGUGCACCACACCCAGCAGCGCCAAGGGAAAGCCAGACCUGCUGUGUGACCAAAAGGAGUCGGAGCUGGCUGCAUUGGGCAGCAGGAGGAUGCUCUUCCCCAACUGUGGUUGUGUGCCUGGUUCCCAGGAGAUGCUGUCAUCCAGGGGCUCACCGGGUGUCACAGACCUGGGCCUGGGCCUCCAGUCUCUCCGUCUGUCCGGCUGGGACAGACCCUGGAGCAGCCAGGAGACAGACUCACACGCCUCCCCUUCCCAGGUUCAGACUAGCUCACCCUCCAUGCUAGGUAUUCUGAACAGUCCCUUCAGUAGCAUCCUCGGGAAGCCCCCAGGCUACCUGCCCCCCGAGUCCAUGAGCAUGACUGCUGACUUCCUGGAAAAGUUUCCCAGCAUGGCUCGCAUGGCAAACCGACUGGACUCCACCUCCUUUCUGGACUCUCGCUCCAGCAGUCCUGAAGACUCGGAGACCAGUGGAUUCAGCUCUGGCUCAGACCACCUCUGUGACAUGCUGUCGACUCUGCGGAUUUCCCCUCCCCUGCCUUAUCUUGCAUCAAGCAUGCAGAAGGAUCUCCUGCGACUGGGCUCUCGUCUGGACCCUCAGGACUCCAGCUCUCCCCUGACCCCAACCUCCAGUGCCAGCCCCUCCUCCUCAGCCAUUUCCCGCCGCUGGCGCACUGGAUCACCGUGGCCUGGCGCUGAUGUGCUUGACCAGUCGGAUGAUGCAUUCAGCAUUGAGAGGGAGGCCCGCUUGCACAGGCAGGCUGCAGCUGUGAAUGAGGCCACAUUCACCUGGAGUGGUCAGCUGCCUCCCAGGAACAACAAGGAUCCCAUGUAUUCCUGCAAGGUGUUUCUUGGUGGCGUGCCCUGGGACGUCACAGAAG